AUGACGCCGGGUUCUCCAGAUGAAGCUCUUCACUUUCGAGGCAAAACUCUGACUCCAGAGAGCCCUCGUCCGCUACACGUCGCGGAACCGACCAAGAUCCCUGUGCUGCAGAACCAAAUGGACCCAGUGUUCAAUGAUACGUCGACUUAUUUUGACACGCCCUUGUCAGACCUUGAAAAUGGUUCCCAGAUGCACCAUCACAAUGGACAAUAUGCAGGUUCGGAGAAUGUGACGAGGUAUCAGGCGCUGGACCAUCACUAUCAACAAUAUCAUCCACCAUCGUCGACACAAACACAAGGUAGCUUUCACACUGGUUCUUUGCAGGCGGAUGAUCGAUCAGUGGACAAGAAAAAUGAGACUUCACUUUCUGCGGGGACAGCAACUGCUAAGCCUUCCCUUCCAUCAGAUCAAUCUGCAGUAGCAGACGAGGAUUCCUCUACUGCGCCGGCCAUAGCAGCGAGCUCAUCUCUAACUGUUCUUCCUUCGUCAGAUCCUGCUGCCCCUCUAGCUCACCCUAACCCCGAUGUCCCUUCCUCUGCCUCCUCUCAGGCUGCCCAGAUCCUGCCCGUCGCGAACGAGGUAAAUCACGCCGUCGCCAGCUGGACCGCGCAGUCGGCACCGCAUGAUCGCUUAGAUUCCCAAGCCAAACCCGAAAAUAAUACUGGUGAGGGUGGUGUGGACUUCCAAAACCUCCUCGAUAAUCUUCCUCCUCCCUCUACUGCCGCUCCAUCUCCUCCCCUACCCUCGGAGACGGCCCCUUCGUCUGCGGACGACGUCUCUGAAGCUCCUCAAAGCCUUCCCCCUCGUCCCCCGCCCCAGGAGAAGCCCUCCAUUCAUCCUAAUUACCAUCCCAGCGAUGAUAUCCGUUCGUAUCAUCAACUCCACCCUCACCCUCCCAACACAUCCACUACCUACCCUUCCCAGCAAAGUAAUUAUCAAUCCAACUUAGGGCUGCCUUCCUUGGCUGCUUCUGGUGCUCCUGGAACCGCGUCGGGCGCCAGCUCAUUGCCUCCACCCCCUGGUCCCAGCUUCCAGCAACCGGCCCCCUCUACCGCAGAAUCGUCUCAGGAGCCCCCUGCAACGGUGACUUCUCCGAAUGGUCGCGCCGAGAAGCCGGUUGGUCGUGUGGUCAAACCCGGAGACGAAGAUGUUCCGUGGGGUCCAGACGUACAGAAGAAAUAUGACCAAUUCCUGCAUGAUGAGAGAGUGUACGUAACGGAGGGACUUUGGGAUCGCUUCCCAAAUGGGUCCCGGUUGUUUGUGGGUAACCUACCAACGGAGAGGGUCACAAAACGAGAUUUGUUUCAUAUCUUUCACCAAUACGGCAAACUAGCCCAGAUAUCUAUCAAGCAAGCCUACGGUUUCAUCCAAUUUGUCGACGCCUCCGCCUGCAAGCACGCGCUCGAUUGUGAACAAGGAGCUGUGAUAAGGGGUAGGAAAAUCCACCUUGAGAUAUCAAAACCGCAGAGGAAUACUCGGGCAGGACCUCCGCCACCUGAGCCAGCUCGUGGUCCUCCACCCCGACAGUCUAGGUCCCCGGACCACAGCAGAGGCGGUCCUCCCAGCGGCCGUCCGAGAGGUUCAGGAGAUCGCUAUGAUCGACCUUACGAGUCAGGUAGAGUCCCAUUUAGUGACUUUAGAGAUGAGCCGAGCCACCGCAGACGCGACGAUUAUCGACCCCCGCCACGAUCGCCCUCUCCACGUCCGUUCCGAGGAAGAGAUGGGUACAGAUCUCGGGAUAGAACUCCUGAACGAUAUGAUCGGCGUGAGAGACGCCGUUCUCGGUCACCGUAUGGGAGAGAUAGACGGUAUCGGACUCCUAGCCCCAGGGGUCGCAACCCAUACGACAGUGAUUCAGACUUGCCAGUGCCCAGGAGAGCCCCGCGAGAUGUCCCAGAAGUGCAGAUCUUGGUUCUCGAAGAAGUUGACCGUAACUUCAUCUUCCACGUGGAGAAUGCCUUCCGCAAUCGAAGUCUUCGGGUCGAUGUCCUGGUGUUAGGUCCUCGCAUACCACUGAACGCGGCAGUUCAGCGGCAGAUUAAAGAAGGGGUUCUUGCUGUUGUGAGACUGUCUCGUCCGAACCAAUUCUCAAGGAAGAUACCUUUGCAGGUCUUUGAUCGCAGUGGUGGGUCAGACAAUGUUCGCUUCAAUGAAUAUCCAGAAGUCGAGCCCAACAUUGCCGCCGAGAUCGUCUUUCAUGCCCAAGCCAUGCAGCGCGGUGCUACUUCACUUCCUUUCCCACCCAACCCAGCGUUCGCCAUGCCAACAAUUCCCAUAGCGCCCAUUCCUCAGGCACCAUUGCCGGUGCUUCCCACUUCUUCCAACGUCGCGAAUAUGAUUUCGUCUCUUGAUGGGCCUACCCUUCAGUCUCUCUUGGGUGCACUGCAGCAGCGACAGCAACAACCCGUUCCCGCUGCACAGCCCUUUACAGCUACCAACAUACCCCAUACCACUGCAGAUCUCGCAAGCCUUUUGAGCGGAGCCACGCGGCCACCUAUUCCUACGAACCCUCAACAACACCUGCCUCCGCAGUACUCGGUCCCAGCCACCAAUGCUCCGGUGGUUCCGGAUCCCAAUCUGAUCUCAUUGCUUGCCAAGGGCCUGGGUGGACAACAGCAACCACAGCAGCAGAACUUGGCGACUAUGAGUCCUCACGUUCAAAACAUUAUGAAUCAGUUAAGCAAGUGGAAACAAUGA